UGACACUGGCAAAAUUCUUCAAGAGAGGCCAAAAACAAUAGAAAAUGGAAUAGAAUAGAAUUUGUCGUGUUGUGUAUUGAUGUGUGGGUACGUUAAUCAUAAUCACAUCGGUGAAUAUUGUUGGGAGGGAGUCUCUUCGAGCACAUUAUCAACUAUUGCCAUACAGAGACUUACAGAGUUACAAGAUAAUAAUGAAAGUUAAGGAAGAGGCAAGCGAAUCAGAAAACAACCUCGUGGAUUUAUACGGCAAUGUCCACAUUAAAGUAGAACCAGUUGAUGAUGCCAUAGAACAUAUUGCAGAGGAGCUGGUUCUCUAUGCAAAUCACAAAAUUAAGGAAGAAUUGGUCGUAGGACCUGUGGUGUUGCAGCCUGUUGUAUUAGUUCAAGAAAGAUGUGUGCAGAGUACAUCUGAUGGAUUGAAUGUUGAUACGCGACCAUACAAAUGUGAUAUUUGCACUAAAUGUUAUGCAAAUAAAUACCAUCUUAAGCGCCACAAAAUAACUCAUAUUGGAGAGACACCAAACCAAUGUGAACAAUGUAACGAAUCAUUUACCUGUAAAGCAAGUUAUAAUAAACAUUUAAGGACUCAUACAGGAGAUAAACGGCACAAAUGCGAUAUUUGCCAUAAAUGUUUUACAAAACCACAUAUACUUAAAGCUCAUAUAUUGACUCAUACUGGAGAGAAACCAUACAAAUGUGAUAUUUGCAAUAAACGUUUUGUAAGAAAACAUCAUGCUAAGCGUCAUAUAAUGGUCCAUACUGGAGAGAAACCAUACAAAUGUGACCACUGUAACAAAUGUUUUGUCCGCAAAGAAGAUUAUGAAAUACAUUUAAAGACUCAUACUGGAGAGAAACCAUACAAGUGCAAUAUUUGCAAUGAACGUUUUACAAGAAAACGGGAUCUUAAAAUUCAUAUAAUGGUCCAUACUGGAGAGCGACCAUACAAAUGUAAUCACUGUAACAAAUCUUUUAUGCGUAAAGCACAUUGUCAAACACAUUUGAAGAUUCAUACGGGUGAGAAACCAUACAUAUGUGAUAUCUGCAAUAAAUGUUUCAUACGAAAAUAUGAACUUAAGUGUCAUAUAAUGGUUCAUACUGGUAAGAAACCAUAUGAGUGUGAAGUCUGCCGUAAAGGUUUUAUAACAAAAUAUCAACUUCAGUGUCAUAUAAUGGCCCAUUCUGUUAAUACACCAUAUGAGUGUGAUAUUUGCAAAAAAUGUUUCACAGCAAAACAUGACCUUAAGCAUCAUUAUAAAGGUCCAUGCUACAGAGAAACCAUACAAAUGUGACCACUGUUACAAAGUUUUUACUUUAAAAGAAAGUUGUGAUGGCAUUUAAAGAUUCCUGCUCGAGAGAAACCGUACAUUAAAACAAGUACUUAAUUGUCGUAGUGGCCCAUUGAUGUGAAAAUGUCCAACAAUAGAACUGGGGCCUUACCAUGAACUCUUAUUACGCUUCAGUUUUAGAGGUAAAACGAAUAGUUGUGAGACAGCCCUACAUGGGGUGUAUAUCACCAUCCCCCUUUUUUGUCGUUACGAACCUAUACUGAACUGUAAAAAGAGUUCAUGGUAAAGCCCCUGGUCCUUUAAUUCACAAAUGUUGUGCAUAGCUGGUAUCUGUUUCAAAUUUACUCUUAAUAAAAAUGUUGUUAGCUUUGGACAACAUUAUACACAAUUUGUUCACAAAUUUCUACUCUAAUAAAUAUAAUCUUGCUUCAUAUAUAUAGUAAGUAUGUUCGUAUAGUAUUUUUAAUUGUACCAAACAAACGUUCAUUUAUAUGCCACUUUGAAAUAUUGUUUAUUGUAUGAGAUGUGUUCUUUUGAGUUUUCAAAGAAUUUGCAGAAACUGAGAAUGCCUUAUAUUAGAAUUCGGCACAUGUUUCUAUCAUAAGUCUGCAUGUUAAGCCAUUAAUACGUAAUUAUUCUCUUAUUAAUUUAACAAUUAAUUUUAUUAACAAUAUAAUUUAAUUACUGUCAAUAUUAUCUUGAAACAGACACCAAAUCUCUACACGUAACUUUCUCAUUUCAAGUGCAAUACGUGUAGAUUAGUUGAUAGUUUAUUUCAUUGUCAUAUUAUAUUGUAUGUAUGUUAGUCCUUAAGGUACAUAUUAUAUGGGUCAUGUGGCCUCAAAUAAAUGUCUUAAUAAAUAAAUACAAAUAAAAUAAAUAAGGAAUACUGAGAUCCAUGAAUAUUUGAAUAUAUCAACCAUCAAAGGAGUAAAGGAUCCAUAAGAACGAAUUGGCGAGAAACCUGUUGCAUUUACAAAACCCAACGCGGUUGAAACGAUGGCUCUUUUUAAACCUAGAUCAACGAAUGUGAACCAGUACAAACCAUGACGAGGGCAUGAUGCUUGCAGGAGCAACUCCCUCCAUCGCCAUUAAGAAAACCCAUCUGAUUAUGGCUUUACAAGCCAAUGGCAGAUUGAAUAGGAUAUAAAAAAAACGGACUCCAGACGACGACGAAUGAGGAAAAGCUCAAGAACAACCUAGCUCAAUUGAAAACCCGCCGGAACCAUCCCCAGACAGCAUUCAGCCGCGACGCUCCACUAGGCAGCGCCAUUCCCCAGCUCACCUGAAUGACUACAUCUGCAGAACGAGGCCGGGAAGAUUGUGGUGAAUGCCAUAUAGUAUAUAAGAAAUACACAUACGUUUCAUGUCA